AUGGCACAAAAGUGUGUCCGCCAGGGCUGCGGCAAAGAAUAUACUGACCCAGAAGAGGAGUGUCAUUACCACCCUGGUCCACCUGUCUUUCACGAGGGGCAGAAAGGAUGGAAGUGCUGCAAGCCGCGAGUAUUGACUUUUGACGAAUUCAUGGAGAUUCCUCCUUGUACGACGGGCACACAUUCAACCACUGAGAAGCCCCCUCCCGUCGAAGAGAAGCCCCAGAUCGACGAAGCCGCCUUGGCAAAGAAGAUUGAAGAGGCCAGUGUAUCCGCGCCGACUCGAUUGCCAAUCCAACCAGCACAGCACAUUCCCACACCUCCCCCGCCGCCCCCAGAGUCCGAGGAUGACGAUCCGAGCUUGGACAUUCCUGACGGAGCUGAGUGUCGUCGAAAGGGCUGCAGCAUCAAAUAUAAGAAGGGGUCUGCAAGAGAAGGAGAAGAAUGCGUGCACCACCCUGGAGUACCCAUUUUCCACGAGGGCAGCAAGGGAUAUUCAUGCUGCAAGAGGAGGGUGCUAGAGUUUGACCAAUUCAUGAAGAUUGAGGGUUGUAAAACAAAGGACAAGCAUCUAUUUGUUGGCAGCGGGGAGAAGGAUGCGCCCGAGUCAAGCAGCGAGGAGAUUCUGACCACAGUUAGGCACGACUUCUACCAGACCCCUACACAGGUCAUUGCGUCAUACUUCUUGAAGAAGAUCAAGAAGGAGAUAGCCAAGGUCGAAUUCAAGGGAAAAGAACUCGAUUUGGAUCUUACGACAAGCGACCCCACUCCCAAGCGAUAUACGGCAACCGUGCCGCUAUUUGGCGAAAUCGACACAGAAAAAUCGUCGUUCAAGAUUCUCGGCACGAAGCUGGAGCUUAUCCUUGUCAAGGCUGAUGGAGCUUCUUGGCCGGUUCUGCGAAGCGAUGAGCAGCUGACGGUUCACAACACUAAACAACCAGAGCAGCGACACCAAGAUAUGCAAUUCAUUCACGCCAUUUUCUUCAUCAUACUGCUUGGUUUCCGGGCCCAUGCUACGUCCGCAGUCAGCAGAACACUGACUCUCUGGGCCUGGGGAGACUGCACCGGCAAUGCUGCCUUCUGCCACAACAUAGUCCCAGGCGCUUGCUGCCACGGCGAACAUCUGAUAGCCGGGUUUACUUGCGAGGAUUGCGUCAAGGAAGACAUCGUUGCCGGCCGCGAAGAGGAAGACGGGAUGUGCGGAGCAGACUUCGUCACCGUAAGAGGCUGGGUUUGCGCCAGGUCCCAGAAAAGGCUGUACGGCAGCAGCUGGCACUAUGAUUCGCAGAAGGACGCCAUUACGGCGAAACCACCGGCUUGCACUCGAAGCGUGCGUGCGGACGUUAUGAAGAUUGGGGGAAAAUGGUUUUACUUGACGGACGAUAUGCCUGAGGAUGAUGUGAAGGCGCUUUGGGAUAUAUGGGGCCGGUAUUCUUUGGUAGAGAUACCCGAGAUUCUGUUGAAGUAUGAGGGAGAAGAGCCACAGGGACGUGGCGUGGUCGCUGAGCUUUAG